GAUUGUGGGGCGAGCAGGUGAAGGCUGAGGCGGGGAUCCCCCCCGGGGCACAGCAUGUCCCGGAGCCCCUCGGGAGGCUGGCACUGGGCGACCUGAGCAGCGGGAUGAGGAGCCGCCCGCUGGGGAAGGUGCUGCGGAGGCGGUUCUGGCUGCUGCUGGCCCUCGGGGUGCUGAUCGUGGGGCUCUGGGCCGCCUACCUGGAGGUGGUGGCGUCGGCGGAGACCAGCGGGCACCCCCUGAACCACAGAUAUGGGAGCUGGAGGGAACUGGCUAAAGCCCUGGCAAACAGGAACAUCCCUGCUGUGGACCCAGACCUUCAGUUUUACUAUCCUCAGAAGCCAGUACACCAGAACCAAGAGCAGCAAAGAGGUGCAAGGAAUAGGUCUGUUUAUCCAGCCGGGGAAAUCUCCGUCCCUUGGAUCCCGGAGUUCCAGGGUCAAGUCAAUCUCCAUGUGUUUGAGGACUGGUGUGGCAGCUCCAUCGAACAGCUCAGAAGAAACCUCCACUUCCCACUGUACCCCCAUACACGAACCACAUUGAAGAAACUGGCAGCGUCUCCAAAAUGGACAAACUAUGGGCUCCGUCUCUUCGGUUAUCUGCAUCCUUUCACUGAUGGGGACUUUGAGUUUGCUAUUGCUGCAGAUGACAAUGCUGAGUUCUGGUUGAGUCCAGAUGAAAAGACCUCUGGUCUCCAGCUGCUGGCCAGUGUAGGCAAGACUGGCAAGGAGUGGACAGCACCAGGGGAAUUUGGGAAAUUCCGGAGCCAGCAAUCAAAGCCUGUGAGAUUGUCAGCUUCAGGCAGGUACUACUUUGAAGUGCUUCACAAACAGGAUGACAGAGGAACAGACCAUGUGGAAGUGGCAUGGAGACUGAGUGACCCAGAAACUAAGUUCACAGUCAUAGAUUCCCAGUUCCUCUCCCUUUUCGCUAAUGAGACUCUCUUCAAGAUGGAUGAGGUUGGUCAUAUCCCACAGACAUUGGCCACCCAUGCAAGCCCACCUAUAGCCAAUCUGGGCAACAUGGUACGCCCAGCUGACAUGCUGAAGCCCGACCCUCGAGACACUAUUUAUAAAGUGCCUUUGAUUAGUAAGUCACGUCUGCGCAGGACCCUACCAGACUGCCCUUACCAGCCCAGUUACCUAGUGAAUGGAUUCCCACUGCAGCGCUAUCAGGGACUCCAGUUCGUUCAUUUGUCCUUUGUUUAUCCAAAUGAUUACAGCCGCUUGAGCCACAUGGAGACAGACAACAAAUGUUUCUACCAGGAGAGCCAUUAUUACUUGGAGAGGUUUGGAUUCUAUAAGUAUAUGAAUAUCGACCAUCCAGAGAGGAGAAAUCUGGAGUCUGGGGAGAAAACCAAGCAGCCAGGUUCUGAGGAUGGGAAUCCUGAUGAGUUUCAGUACACAGACCAGGAUGCAGAAAGCACCAAUCCCCCAAGGAAUCCCAGCAAGUGGGGAGCAAAGCCGAUGGGAGUCGAGGCAAACCCCACUAUGAUAGCAGGCUAUGAUGACAUUUACAAUGACUAUUCCUUCCCGGGGCGUCGGAAGCUCCUCUCGCUCAUAGAUGGUAAGGUGGGAGAGGUGCUGCAGAAGAGAGGAGCAAAAAGGCUCCUCAUCAAGCCAGCUCACAGGACUUCAGCCAACCAGAGCAUCAAUCAAACUGGUCUAGAAAGAAACCUACCAGUGAGGAGGCCCCAUCUAAAAAUCAAGGUCAAAGACAGUUCCAGAAAUUCUCCUCGUCAUGUUAGGGGCAUCCAUAGGAAGUCACUGCCCAAGAGGAGAGUGGGAGGCCAGGACCCUCCUUCUAGCACAAGACCUCACGAGCCCUGGGAACAUAUACCCAGCAAUUCCAGAAACUCCACUGACAGGAUUCCAAGGGAGGUGGGGCCUCUUCAGACAGACCUCAAUGCAACCAGCACCAAGGACCAGCCAGCAGGCAACAUGCAAGCAAGGAGACAAAGUCCAGUCUCUGGCAAAAUAAGUAGUAGAGCUGUGAGUGCUGCCAGCCUCAGCAAACAGACCCUUUACCAGGCACAGUGGUUAAACCAGGUGCAGUCAUACAUUGCCGAGCAGAAGGCAGCUGAUGGCAUUGAGGUAGAUGUGGAAAGGGGGCAGGUGGAAUCUCAACCUGAGCCUGCUGAGCCGGCAGUGGAAGAGGAGGAGGAAGAGGUGGAAGGGGAAGCAGAGUGGGAGAAGGAGGGAUUUGAGUACAUGCCAUUUGACCAGGUAGUGAACUGGGACCAGACCUUCAGCGCAAGCAACUUGGACUUCCACACGCUGCGGACAGACUGGAUCGACCUGAAGUGCAACACAUCGGGGAACCUACUGUUGAAAGAGAGGGAGGCCCUGGAGGUCACACGCGUCUUCCUGAAGAAACUCAACCAGAGAAACAAAGGGAGAUUCCACCUGCAGCGCGUAGUGAAUGUGGAGAAGCGCCAAGACCGCCUACGUGGGAGCCGCUACCUGCUGGAGCUGGAGCUGCUGGAGAGGGGAGGACAGCUCGUGCGCUUUUCAGAGUAUGUCUUUGCGCGGGGCUGGCAGGGCAUCAGCGGCGACGAGCAGGAGGAGAUGAACAUGAAGAACCUGGCGUGGGGCCGCCGGCGCCAACUGAUGGGAGUUGCAAAGGAGCCAGACCUGUGCUGGCCACUGGGCUUCUCCUGGAACCAUCGUGCUGUUGUCCACUUCAUAGUGCCAGUGAAAAACCAGGCACGCUGGGUACUGCAGUUCAUUUCUGACAUGGAGGAACUGUCUAGAGUCACCAAGGACCCAUACUUCAAUGUCAUCAUCACAGACUACAGCAGUGAUGACAUGGAUGUAGAGAAGGCUCUGAAAAGGUCCAGCUUACGCAGUUACCAGUACUUGAAGCUGACGGGGAAUUUUGAGCGCUCUGCAGGGCUGCAGGCUGGGAUAGACCUAGUGAAGGAUCCACACAGUAUCAUCUUCCUGUGUGAUCUCCACAUCCACUUCCCGGCUGGGGUCAUCGACUCGAUUCGGAAGCACUGCGUAGAGGGCAAGAUGGCCUUUGCACCCAUGGUUAUGAGGUUGCACUGCGGCGCAUCUCCACAAUGGCCUGAGGGCUACUGGGAGGUGAAUGGAUUUGGUCUCCUAGGCAUAUACAAGUCUGACCUGGAUCAAAUUGGAGGGAUGAAUACCCAAGAGUUCCGGGAUCGCUGGGGAGGAGAGGACUGGGAACUCGUGGACAGGAUCAUGCAGGCUGGCCUGGAAGUGGAACGACUGUCCCUGAGGAACUUCUUUCACCGAUUUCACUCCAAGCGGGGCAUGUGGAACCGACAACAGCUGAGGACACCGUAAUGUUCGGCCACAAAGCUGCCUGGCAGAGCCAGCCACCCUUAUAUCAGCACAUGCACCUCGCCUAGGCAUGCAGCCGAGAGUACACACUCCUCUUCUCUCCAGAGUCAUCCUAGGAGAUCAGACUUACAGGUGCUUGUGAAAAGGGAUGAUCAGUGUAUAGGAGUGGGAACUUAUCUUUGGCACUCGUGAGCCAUUAGGUCCCAGACAUGGAGAUCAGUGACUCGCUCUGUAUUUGAGGGAGCCUUAGACAAGCAAAGGACUGUUUGCCCCUGACACUGAUGCACCUAGAGCCCCUGACUGAUGGUACGAUAGAAGUGGUGGCAAGCUGUCUGGAGUGUCUUGCAUGGUGCAAAUUUAAGAAAAGGAACAAAUCCCAGUUACAACCAGAAUGGAUUAUUUACAAUAAAGCUGCUGCUUCUUUUGAUACUUGAAAAACUCUGACACCCAUGUCUUUGGACAGGGGACCAAAGGAACUUCUCUGAACUGUGUUGUGUCCUCAUCCCCAUGUACCAGCCCAGCCCAGAAAAGUCUGAGGAGCUGUUAGGCACUCUAAGCUGCCAGUGCUUAGCCCUAUUUGCCACCCUUUCAUCUAAAUCACUGGGAAAAUCUACAUUCCUGUUCAACAAACCAUGGGCUGUAUCUGGAGACUCAAACACUUUUCCCUCAUGAGAGACCCCAUUUGCCUGCAGCUGGCUGGGGCUAAUGUUAAGAACCCACUUUGGUUAGUUGUUUCCUGCCUGAGGCUCAUGCUGGGACUUGGAGAGGACAGGUGAGGCCAUCUCAGUAGGAACUGGGAAGCCAUAUCGACAGCUGUAGCCCAGUCAGACAAGGGUGUGUCCCAGCAAUAGCUGGGAACUCAUAAUAGAUGGAAAUGGAAUAUCUGAUUGUCUGAAAUAUUGUAUCUUUGUCAAUGAGAAGGAGAACUUUUCUGCUCCUCAGACCUGGUCUAUAACACAGCAUCUGGGGGUUAAUUUAAUAAGUUAUGAUUUCACAGUUGUUUUCCAUGGUAGAUUCUACGUGUGUGAAGAACUAUUUGUUUGCAUAGUGGAAGAACAGGAGCAGUUCACAAUGUUGCACUUAUGGAUGAGCCUUGUGCUGGCACUGGUGAGAUGGACUUAGGAUCUGGGGCUUGCACUGGUGACAAGACCAUGGAAGUUUGGUGACUGCACUGAUGAAAGGAGCUUGCUUUGGUGAAAGGAAUAUGGAGGGGACCUUGUUCAAACUCUGCCCAAACCUAGGGUGGAAUCUUGCCCCCACCAAAGUCAUAACUCAAGGACUGCAGAGAUCCACAGCUUGGCUGGUUUGGGCUAAGUCAGUGCUCCAUCAACCUCCAGGGUUGGGGAGGGCAUGCUAUGCAGAGUGGAGCAAUGGUGAAAAAUGUACGAGGGGCUACUGAGUCUUUUAAUCCAUUAAAUAUUUGUAGGACUGUAGCCAUCUGGGAUCUAAGAAGAUGCAGUAUCAAACCCACUGCAAAUCACAGUAGUCUUUGUAACUAGGGAAGGUACUUUUCAUAUUUAGAGACUGAGAAAUAAUACAAAACCGAUUUUUGGAGGGGAAAAGAGGUGAUAGAUGAAAACUCUCUGUUUUUAGAAGUUUAAUAAUUUGGCAGUCGAUUGUUUCUGACUGGAAUAGUUGAUAUGCAUCUUUAGUGCAUGUCCUAUCAUGCUGCUUUAUUCAGGGGCUUGUGCACAUACUUGCAGGGCAUAACAAAUCUCUAAUACUUGCAAACCCUCUCUCCAAACUCUGGAUUCCUUGGGACGGCAAGUCUCAUAGCAUGUCUGAACUGGCUCUGUAAAGAAAUUCAUGUGGAAUGGGGACUGGCUGGCCUAGAAGAUAAGCAGUGGGAUCCAAUGAAUUAGAAAUAGUACUUAGCACUUUUGAAGAAGAGUAUCAUUUUACCAAUGGGGAAAGUGAAGCAUGAAGGGUCAGAGACUGCCUCUAGGGCUCACAGUAAUAGAGCUGGGCAUAUCAAAAGGGAUACAAUCCUUGCUCCAUUAAUAUCAAUGGCAAAACUCUCAUUGACUUCAGUGGGAUUAGGAUUUCACCCGGGGUCUUCUGGUGCUCACUCAGCUAUGCUCCUUCCUUUGUGCCUUUCAACGAGAUUGGUAAUGGUCAAAACUGUUUACUUCCUUAAGGGCUCUUUGGUUGUCUAUGUGAAAUAGGUGGUAGAGUCUCAGUCCUAUUCCUAGAGGGCAAUUAUGCACACCACAAAAGCCACCAUCACAAUUGGCACUAGUUGGCAGCCUCAGCAGAGAAUCCUCAGAGGGAAUUCUCCAUGGAGACUGAACCUGCCUGUCAGCCCUUGAAGUAGUCAGUAGAGGUCCAGGUUGAGAUUGCCACUGGUUGUGGGGAAAGAGAGGAGUACCUGCUCCAGGGCUGUCAGGCCAGCAUGAAAUGCAUACGAAAAAGUCAAGGGUUUAACCCCAAGGAUGCUUCUUCUCCCCCACCCGCCCCAAUCAAAAUCAAGAACAGAGUGGAAGCUGAGGCUCAUAGAUUCUGGCUUACGUCACUCUGGCUUACGCACUGAUGGGAUUGGGGUGGGUCAUGGGAUUCUCCUCUAUCAGAAAGGAGACAUGUCUCAGGAAUGGCAGCUCCCCAGACAUCACAAAAGGGCUACGGGGAGCCUGGCUUUACCAAAGUGGGGAAGUGGGCUUCUCCAUAAACUCAAUCUCAUUUCCAUUGGCAUUAUUUGAAGGCAUCCGACCCUUUCCACUGCCUUGUGAACUCCAUGAUGGAAAUUGUUUUGCAAUCCAACAAAGGGGUUGGGAGAGAAUGGGUUUUAUCAUGAAAGAAUCUGUUGUGUGAACAUGAUGUGACUGUUUUGUCAUUGUCUUUAAUGUUUCCCUCAUAUGAAUGUCUUGCCUUCUCUCAUUGCUUGUAAAUGUCUGAAAUGUUAUCCAGACACCGACGCCUGGUGUUUUAAUUCUGUACUGUACCUCUGAAUUCCACACCUUAAGAUGGCUUUGUGCCUUUAAGAUGAUUCCCAGGCCUCCCCUCUGUUAGGAGAGGGGUAGGCUGGCACCGCAAGGGGUUUAUA